AUGGACCAAGGAGCUUCAGGCGACUUUCGGUUGGUCCAUUUAAACGACGCGCAUCGCAACAGCGAAGCCGGUUACUGCAGUAAUUUCAUUGUUACGUCAAAGUACACUAUUGUCAGCUUUCUGCCUAAGUUUCUCUUCGAAAGUUUUCGUAAACUUUCCAACCUUUAUUUUCUUGUUAUCUGCAUCUUACAGUGUAUCCCAGAGAUAAGUAACACAAAUGGUAAUCCCUCGACAUUACCCCCACUAGUCUUCAUCAUAGCGGUUGAUGGUGUCUUUGCGAUUCUUGAAGAUCACAAACGCCAUCAGGCCGACGAUAGUGCCAAUGCUAGUCCAACUCUCGUGCUGGAUCGUGAAUCCAGACAAUUUAAAUCAUCUCCGUGGGCUGACGUCGUAGUGGGAGAUAUCGUCAAAAUUUCGAAUCGUGGACUCGUACCAGCUGAUAUACUUGUACUUGCUGUGAGUGAAACUCCAAAUCAACCACCUUGCGGUAUUUGCUAUGUUGAAACCAAGUCUUUAGAUGGAGAAACGAAUAUGAAGGUUCGAUCCGCCAUGGAGCGCACUUUAACAGACAUGGGUUCAAUCGACAAUUUGGCCAAAAUGAAAGGUGUCGUUCGGUGUGAACACCCGAACAAUGCAAUCAAUUCCUUUCAAGGUGUGCUUGAGCUUGUUGGAAAAGAUAAUGCCGCGAUUCCGUACGAAAGUAUCAUCUUACGUGGGUGUAUCAUUCGCAACACUGACUGGGUACAUGGUGUUGUUUUAAAUACUGGUAAAGACACAAAGAUUAUGAUGAGUAAUUCAGCCCCUCCAUCUAAGAUGAGUUCCAUGGACCGAUCCAUCAACCAGUACACGAUCGUGUUGCUAUUCAUUCUGGUUAUUUUCAGCGCUGUUGGUGCGACAGGAGCAGUGAGUUGGAAGGCCAAAAACAAGUCUGUGUGGUAUCUUGCGUUGACUGCGUCUGAAAACGGAGUUGUGUUGGACUGGCUCAUCAUGUUGUUCUACUAUCUACUACUCAUGUACCAGUUUGUUCCCAUUUCGCUAGCUGUCUCUAUGAGUAUGGUCAAGUAUCUUCAAGCGCAAUUUAUUCAAUAUGACAUCAACAUUUAUCAUCCUGACACAGACACGCCGACUCUUGUGCGUUCAAUGGCGCUUAACGAGGAACUUGGGCAGAUCUCUUACAUUUUCUCGGAUAAAACUGGCACUCUGACAUGCAAUGUGAUGGAAUUUCGAAAGUGUUCGAUUGGUGGUGUCUCGUACGGCAACGGCACUACUGAAAUCGGAUUAGCAGCGCUCCGGCGUGCCGGAAAACCUCUCCCAAAUCUAACUACACAAUUAAAGGGGCCGAAAGUUCCUUAUGUAAAUUUUGAUGGUCCAGAGUUGUUUGACGAUAUGAAGGGGAAGUCGGGAUCAAUUCAGCAAGGACGCAUUGAUGCCUUUUUUACACACCUUGCCGUGUGUCAUACUGUCAUUCCGGAACGUCACGAGAAUUCGCCACACGUUACACUAUCGGCUUCAUCUCCUGAUGAGCAGGCACUUGUUGCAGGUGCAGGAUUCUUUGGGUAUGAAUUUGUGAAUCGAUCUCCUGGAAUUGCUCACGUAAACGUUCGCGGAGUGAACCAGAAGUACGAAAUUUUGGACGUGCUUGAAUUUAAUAGCACAAGAAAGCGCAUGAGCACAAUCAUUCGUCAUCCAAACGGUAAGGUUUUUUUGUACUCGAAAGGUGCCGAUGUGAUCAUAUAUGGGUUACUUGCAAACGAUAAGGCGACGGACACAAGUUUAUCUCUUUUACAAGAGAUAACCCGCCGCCACAUUAAUCAGUACGCGGAAGAUGGACUUCGUACGCUCACGAUCGCAGUUCGAGAAGUUGUGCCUUCCUAUUAUGCUGAAUGGGCUACACGUUUUCAUGAUGCCCAGAAUAAUUUAGAUGAAAUUGACAAACGCAAAAAAGAUCUUCCGAACGAAAUUGAUGCUUGCAUGAAUGAGAUUGAGUGCGACCUUGAACUGCUCGGAGCAACAGCGAUUGAAGAUAAACUGCAAUCAGGUGUUCCAGACACAGUCGGAAAUUUAGCUCGUGCGGGAAUCAAGAUCUGGGUACUCACAGGCGAUAAAGAGGAGACUGCCAUCAACAUUGGUUUUGCUUGUCAGCUUGUUGUAAACGAAAUGAAGCUUUUUAUCAUCAAUGCAAAAAAUGCUCCAACCUCUGAAGGACUCGAAAAUCUUCUAAGGGAAGAGAUAUUUAUUCGCAAUGCUGACGUCACGGCAUACCUUGCUUCACCACCAAGUACUAGAGGUGAACUGCGCGAGUUGGCUCUUGUUAUUGAUGGUGAAACACUCAUGUUUGCCCUUCGUGGACCUUGUCGUGCACUUUUGGCUGAAUUUUCUCAGUAUUGUAAAGCCGUGAUUGCUUGCAGAGUUUCACCGGCUCAAAAAGCUGAAAUGGUCGCUUUGAUCAAAGAAUUUGUUCCUGGUGUUCGAACCCUAGCGAUUGGAGAUGGGGCAAACGACGUUUCGAUGAUCCAAGAAGCUCACAUUGGAGUGGGUAUUUCAGGUCAGGAAGGUAUGCAGGCGGUGAAUUCGAGCGACUACGCUAUUGCACAGUUUCGCUAUUUGCAGCGAUUGUUACUCGUGCACGGUCGUUGGAAUUACCGGCGUAUGGCGCAGUUGGUACUUUACAUUUUCUAUAAAAAUAUUCUCUUUACCGCUGCUCAGUACUGGUACACUCUCCUGUGUGGCUUUUCUGGCCAAAAGUUCUUUUUAGAAAGCGGCUCUCAGUUGUACAACAUUGCAUUUACAGCUAUUCCCAUUGUCGCAGCUUCAAUAUUGGACCAAGAUGUUAGUGAUGAAGUCGCUAUCACUUAUCCCAAACUUUAUCUCACGGGGCCUCGCGAUGAAGACAUCAACACCCACUCUUUCUCGCUUUGGGUCUUAGGUGCAAUUCUAGAAAGCCUCAUCAUAACAUUCAUCACAAUUUACAGCUUUCAAAGCGCGGGGUAUGCUGGAUCAAGUCCAACAAUGUGGCUGGAGGGGUUUAUGGUCUUUACUCUUGUCGUGUCCGUCGCUAACGUCAAGCUCAUCAUGUAUCAAAAUAGUUUCCACUUUCUUAAUUGUAUCCUAUACAUUGGGUCAUUGCUGGCCUGGCUCCUUAUCGCCUUGAUCUGUAGUCACGUCUAUUUUCUCUCGGAUCUCACGUGGGAGUUAAUGCUAGACCAAGCCUUUGGGCUCUCGGCUUUUUGGCUGAUUUUCAUGCUAGCUCCCGUGGCUACGCUCCUGUACACUCAUUUACUGAACAGUAUUCAGUCUACAUACUUUCCAGAGUACUGGCAACUCGCAAAGGAGGUUAUGAAGUUUAAGCUUGAUUGCAAGCUCUUGGAAUGGAAUGACAAUAGUGAUGCGUCAGUGGCGACACCAGCUCGACUUCCUUGUGCAAAAAAUCCCGCAGUUAAAAAUGGUUCUGUGCUUCCAACGAGUAGUCGACCCAAGCCACAACAUAGGACGACGAUGCACAGAGGAUAUCAUGGUUUUGCUUUCUCGAAAGAUGGUUACGCUGGAGCUGCUGAGACACGAUUGCUCAUGAACCGGAACUCUAUCGUUGGUUCAGUUAAGUAA